AUGGAUGAUAGCGGUCGCGAUCAGGUUAUUGUCUCGAUAAACGAUUAUCGCUCAAAUGUCGCUAAAAGCCUAGGAAAAAAUAUCUAUAAAGUCGAAUACGACUGCGAACUAGAAGAAAAUGCGGCCUAUUCUUCACAUAAUUGUCAUUUUACUGAAGGCCCAUUUUAUAAUUUAAAUGGGAAAGCAAGUCAAACGACGGCUGCUGUGAAACCGAAAGUGGCUAGAAGAUACCAAACUUCUGGUAAGGAACCUGCGAUAAUCAUGAAGGAAGCCACUGCAUUAUGGUGGGCUGAAGCAACGCCGUCGAAAAGCAAUAUUUUCUCAGUUGCUGAUAAAGCUACAAAAUCGAAUUUCACCCAGAUGAUUUGGGGAAAAUCUACGAAAGUUGGAUGUUCUAUCAAACAAACUUGUAACGAAGACAAUAGAUUACAUUCUCCGUUUUAUGUUGAUUACGUUGUUUGCCUCUUCAAAGAAGGUGGAAAUAAAGUCGGUGAACCAAUCUAUGACAUUGGCAAUGGAUGCAACAGUGACAACGAUUGUACUGCAUUUAGCAAUUCGCGCUGUGAUAGAAGCACAAGUCUUUGCGAACUGCAAAAGAGUGAAAUGGAAAAACUUUUCGAUCCAUACUCAGUCCCACAGUGUUCUAAUAAAAAAAUUAGCGAAGGUGAUCGUCGGAGAUUUCGUAAAAUUCACAAUGAUUAUCGAGAAGUGUUAGCGAACGCUGGUGGACUAGGAAAUUCUGCGACGGAUUUUUAUCAGCUAAAUUAUGAUUGCGAUUUGGAGAAUAGUGCUCAACAGGUAGCUAAUCAAUGUGAAGCAGGAACUAUUCCAAAAGAUAGGGGACAGAAUAGCGAACUCACUUCUGCGCAAUCUAAUGCUGACGCAAUAAAAGCUGCACUAUCGAAGUGGUGGAACGAAGGUCACAAUGUGCCGACCAGUUUAGCUCAGCGAAACGUUUAUUCCCACGAAUGGGGCGCCUACAGUAGAUAUACUCAGAUGGCCUGGGGAAAGACGACCAAAGUGGGAUGCGGUAUCAACGACUGCGGACAACAAAAACUUGUUGUGUGCCACUAUAAGGAACGCGGCAACAAGAUUGGCGAGGACGUUUACGAGACUGGUCUUGGUUGUUCAUCGGAUUCAGAGUGCACGCAGAUCCCCAAUUCAAAGUGCAACACAGAUAGAAAAUUGUGCGUUGCAGCGUAA